AUGGAGAGAGUUAAUAACGAACGAAUUAAAAAUGGAGACGCGUGCGAGACAAAAGAAGAGGGCGGGAGAAGGAGAAGGAGAAGGAAGGGAUUAGCGCAGUUCACCCAGCGGUUGCACCACUGCCCUACUUGUUGGGCAAAUGGAAAGGCUAAGGCCAAGGAGUAUACCCCACUAUCAAACUCCUUCAGAUAUGGCGAAGAGCUUUACUUCUCUCACGCUGCGCCUGGGAAGCCCGUCAUAGCCUACUCUCACAAGACUUGGAAACUCGAUUGUGGUCUGCCUAUGCACUGUGAGUCCGGCUAUUGGCUUCCUAAACCUGAUGGCUCCAUUGAAGUUGUCAUUGCUCAGGGCACUGGCCUAGCUGAAGUUCUCGGGACUGACAGUGCAGAAGACAAAUCAAGUUGUAGCCAAUGCUUCCAAGGUGAGGAAGAUAAUGAGAUGGUUAACGGGGAACUACAUUGUCUUGUUCAAAUCGCUACCAAUCUUACCACUCUUCAACCACAUCGUAAAGUUGUGCUCAAGAAGCUGCCAUAG